AUGGAUCCUCUCACAGCCCUUGGUCUAGUCGCAAACAUCGUCCCCUUCAUCGAAAUCGCCGGCAAAGUCCUGAAAAUCGCCAAAGAAAUCCACGACUCCGAGUCCGGUGGACUGAACGACAAUGUUAACUUGGAGAAGUAUGCAACACAGCUGAAGCAGCACUAUUCCAACCUCCUCGCUCCCGAUUCCCCCGAUCUCAUUGGCGACGACAAGGAACUUUGUGCUCUGGCGACAGAGUGCCAGAAGCUCGCUCCCGACCUUUUGGAUGUUCUUGAGAGAAUCAAGCCCGCAAACCGGUCUUCCAAGUGGCAGUCUCUGAAGUCUGCCGCGAAGAAUCUCUGGCGCACAACAGAUAAGGAGAUGUUGGAGAAGAGACUCGAGUUAUGUAGACGCCAGGUUGAAGCUCAGCUCAACCAAAGACUUAGCACGAAAAUAGUAGUGGCGCUCAAGAGUCUUUUGGAGGCCACUGGAGAAGAUGCCGGCAAGUUGAAGCAGAUCGAGAACUACGUUGAGAGUUUGCGCCAAGGUGUCCAGGUCACGUCUCUGAGCAGAGAGGUUCAAGAUCAAGUUCAGAAGCUGAAGACCUAG